AUGGCGGGUGUGACGUUGCUGUGGAGAACGUACAAAGAAGUCGUCAAGAAAGAGACACCAGCGCAGGAGCUCUUCAGUCUGCAUAAAAAGUAUGGCAGCAUCGUCCGCAUACCGCCGAAUGAUGUUGCGGCAGACGUAGCCGCUCUGCACUUUGGGAAUCCAUCCGCGUUCCACAAGAUCUACAACGUUUCCAAACGCUGGGGUAAAGACGAUGGUCUUUAUAGCGUGCCCGGUUUUAAAACAGGCCCGUCGAUGUUCCGGAAGUAUGCACAGGCCAAAGAGCGGAGGGACGUCCUCAUGCCAAUGUUCUCGAGAAGAGCGAUCCGGAACAUCGGAAGCCUCGUCUGGCAGAAUGCCACUCAGGUUGCUUCGUCUAUCAGCAAGUUGAACGCAGCUCAGCACUCCAUCGACCUACUCUACGCCUUUCGCCCCUUUACUCUCGACACCAUCAUGGGGUCUAUGUUCGAUGGCUGCGUAGAUGCUCUGCAUGCGUCCGCCUUUGCAGACCCGCUGAUCCUUGCCAUAGAUGCCACGCUGCCGGUCUUGCCUUUGCUCAAAAACAUCCUUUGGAUCUGCACUUUGGCGAUGCCCAAUUCCGAUGAGCUUGCUCCUCGAAUCUAUCAGGUCCGCGAUAUCACCAACAAACAGCUGGGUGAAGUCUUGCACGCACUUGAAAAGCUCGACGACGCAGCUCACCAGACCAUCUUCCACCGCAUGCUAGACGCCAAUGUAUACCGAAAGACACAGACUGUUCCGGAUCUUACACAGCUGCAUGACGAGGGCUUUGCCGUCAUCUUCGCUGGCGCCAACACCGUAGCUGACACAAUACUCAUGGGCUUUUAUAACGCAAUGCCAGCUGACCUCGAGAGCUUGCCUCUUCUUACAGCCACCAUCAAGGAGGCGCUCCGUUUCAUUCCUUCCGACGUAUCGCUCACGCGAGUGGUACCUCCUGGCGGAGCUUUAUUGGUUGGGCGCGAGAUACCCGGCGGCACAAUCGUUGGUAUGGCGAUCCUGCAUGUACAUCAGUCGGAAGAAAUCUUUGCCGACGCGUUGAAAUUCAAGCCAGAGCGCUGGCUUAACGGCAGUAAUAAAGAACUGGAACACUGGCUGGUACCGUUCAGUCGAGGGCCCAGAGCGUGCUUUGGCUACAAUCUAGCUUGGUGCGAACUGUAUGUUGCGUUCAGCACCAUGAUCCAAAACUUCGAUACGAGCUUGGACGGAACGACGGCGGAGGACAUGGAGUGGAGAGAAUGCAUCGCAGCAUACUAUCCAAAUCGCCACUUGCAUGCAUGGUGCCGACCGAUGGGAGCUUGA